AUGAGGGCUGGAAGACAAUGACCCAGAGAGACCGGUGACGUAACCCUGGGCACAACCGCCGGGGAGCCUAGUUCGUGAGACCCCAGCGCCACCAUUUUUAUGCAGGCGUCCUCAAGUCCUGAUUGUGUGCCUGCUACUUUCCGUUUUCAAGUUUUACCCACAUUAGGGUGCGCACGGAGCUGGUUUCUGUCCCUUCCCGGCCCGGGUACCCGACCGCCGAUACCUGGGGCUGGGCAGGCGUUCCGGGGCGCGCUGGGCCGUCCCGGGGCCGAGCCGGGGGAUCGCCAUGGCGCAGCUGCUUGCCCCGGCAAGGCCCUCGGCUCGGCCCGGGUUCGGGAAGCUCCGGGUCGUGAGCUUCGCGGACGUGGCCGUGUACUUCUCCCCGCAGGAGUGGGGCUGCCUGCGGCCCGCGCAGAGAGCCCUGUACCGGGAGGUGAUGCGCGAGACCUACGGGCUCCUGGGCGCGCUCGGAGGCGGAGGCGCCAAGCCAGCGCUCAUCUCCUGGGUGGAGGAAGAGGCCGAACUGUGGGGACCUGGUGCCCAGGAUCCAGCGGUGGCCGUGUGUCCGACGGAAGCAGACUCAGAUUGCGGACAGGAGGAAAGGAAGAGACCAAGGGAAGAGACCGAGGCAACCCAGAAGACGUUUUCUACACAAGCUGGGCCGAAGAAGCCUCACCCCUCCUUUGCAGGACUCCCUUGCAAAUUGGAGCUGCUGUCCAAGGACACUCACCAGGGCCAUCCCCCUCUUGGUGUUCACGCCACUGUCCCAAGAGCAGAUCAGCGUCAUGGCUGCCGUGUGUGCGGGAAGAGUUUUGCCUGGCGGUCCACGUUGGUGGAGCACCUGUAUACUCACACAGGUGAAAAGCCGUUCCGUUGCCCUGACUGCAGCAAGCCCUUCGGCCGGGCUUCCUCCCUGAGCAAGCACCGGGCCAUACACCGAGGGGAACGGCCACAUCGCUGUCCUGACUGUGGCCGGGCCUUUACGCAGCGCUCAGCCCUCACCACCCAUCUCCGUGUCCACACUGGAGAGAAGCCCUACUGCUGUGCUGAUUGUGGGCGCCGCUUCAGCCAGAGCUCUGCGCUCCGUCAGCACCAGCGGGUACACAGUGGCGUGACCCCCUUUCCUUGUACAGACUGUGGCAGAGCCUUCGCCCAUGCCUCAGAUCUUCGGCGCCACGUGCGCACCCACACGGGUGAAAAGCCUUACUCAUGCCCUGACUGUGGACGCUGCUUCCGCCAGAGCUCUGAAAUGGCAGCCCACAGGCGGACCCACAGCGGCGAGCGUCCCUACCCCUGCCCUCAGUGUGGCAGGUGCUUUGGCCAGAAGUCAGCAGUGGUGAAGCAUCAGUGGGUCCAUCGGCCAGGAGCUAGGGGCCAUAGAGACGGAGAAGCCAGUCACUUAUCUAUAUCCCUGGCCACAGGCCAAGGGGACCCUGAUCCACCUGUGGACUUCCGGCACUAUCCAGAGAUAUUCCAGGAGUGCGGGGGGUGGUCUUAAAAGUUCCAACGUAGAGAGUGAAAUGUACACACUGUUGGAAGCCCAGAGGCUUGAACCUAUGGCAUCCUCCGGAAGGCACAGAAGUUCUAGCAAGGGCUGGUCCUGGGGACAGAGUACAGCCUUAUGGGUGGUUACCAGCUGCUUUUGCACACAUACUGAUUCCACUACCCGAGGCUCUGAGUCUAUUGGGUGGGGUGGGAAGCCCACUAGAACGCUAUGAGAAGCAAGGCUCAGAAGGAUUGAGAGGCUUGAAGAGAACCUUGUUUAAUCCAUUGCCUCGUUAGUGCAGAGGCUGAAGUAGAUGGCUCUGUGUGAACUGAGCCAGCUGCAUUUCCAGGGGUUAUUAGUUACUGGUCAAGAGCUGGGUGUGGUGGUGCCCGCCUCUGACCUCAGCACUUCAGAGGUAGAGACAGGAAGGUCAGGAAUUUGAGACCAGUUUGGGUUACCUGAGACUUCAUCUAAGGUAAAUAAAUAACAAGUGAAAUUAUUUGAGGUUUAAAAUUCAAAGUAUUUGACACACAAAAGAAGGUCCAGGUUUCUAGCUUCUUUUGAAAAAUAAAACAAAAAACUCCAAAAGAUUCAGCCGGCCAAGGAAGACAGAACACUGCAUGUACUGGGUGUGGCGGCAUAUGCCUAUAAUUCCACCACUUGGCAGCUGGAGGCCGAGAGGUAGAAACAAAACAAAAAACAAGCAAAAACAAAGUUCAUAAGCUUUGUUUCAGCUCUUCCCUUGUAUUUUAUUUUGUGGUUUUCAAAGUGCUUUCUUGUCUAUUACCUUGUUUACCUCUUCUAACUGCCUAGGAAAGGAAGCAGUUUGAAGAGGAAGCCUAGUCAGGAAGAGGCACUUGGGGCCAGAUCCCUGACCCUCUGUGUUCACUCUGCCUUCGCCACCCGUCUGUAUGUUCACUCAGGAGAAGCCAGGUAGCCAGCAGCUCCUGAAUUUGGAGGGAAAGACCCUGAGAGUUUUGUUCAGUCAGAGCCGCCUCACUUAUUUGAACUGGAGGAAAUCUGAGCUUUUCUGUCCCUUUGUGGUCAAAGACAGAUUACAGGAGGCAAAACUGCCUGCCUAAGAUCACACAGAGAGGCUGUAGGGCUCACAGUCUACUGCUAUCUGUUUAAGUGUGUGUGUGUGUGUGUGUGUGUGUGUGUGUAUACACGUGUGCAUGCAGAUGCCUGUAGAGGCCAGAAGAGGGCGUUGAGUGCCCUGGAGCUACAUACAGGAUAUUGUGAGCUACCUGAUGUGGGUGCUGGAAACCAAACUCUGGUUCUUUGGAAGAGCAGCAAGUGCCAUUCGUUAACCGGUGAGCCUCCUCCUCAGCACACUUUUUAAGAGACACCUUGGUAUCUGUGAAUGUUAAGCUUCACCCCUGCUGUCUUCACCACUGAUGAGUUCCUGCCAGGAUGAGUGGGAAACACCUGUGGGCUGAGUACUGGGGAGUCUGUGGCAGGAGGAUCACAAAUUCAGUGCAAUCUGGGCUACUGUCCCCAAAAAUGUUUGUACAUACUGCUCAUCCAGAGAACCUAAGUUCAGUUCCCCGCAACACGUCAGAUGGCUUACAACUGUCUGUAACUCUCACUCCAGGCUAGGGCCUCUGUGGGCACUUGCACUCAUGUACGAAUACUUACAUACAAUUAAAAAUAAGAGGAGGGGCUUGGGAAGAUAGUUGUCAGUAAAGUACUUUCUAAAGCCUAAGAAACCAGAUUUUAAACCCCGGCACCCACAUAAAAAAGUCGGGUGGCAGAUAAGAGUCUCCCUGGAGCUCACUGCCAAGCCUGGCCAGCCUCAUUGGUGAGCUCCAGAACUGUGAGAGACCCUGUCUCUGAGAAAGCAGACCUGGUUCCGAGAAUGACAUCUGAAGUCUGGCCUCCACCUGCACAUAAGCACACACGCCCACAUACCCUCAAACACGCUUCCACACAUUAUUACUAUUAUUGUAUGUUCAUGCACGUGGAUGUCAGGACGGUUUGGGAGAGUUCAUUCUUGUCUGUGUCGGUGUCAAGUUCACGUCAUCAGAUUUGCACGCGAGCACAUUUACCCUCUGACCAUCUGACAGCCUACACUUACAAUUUUAAAAACUUACAUUUUUGGCAUCUGAGGAUGUUAUUUCAUAAAACAUCUUUUUUAAUCAUUGCAAAUCACACUUAAUCACUACUAUCAUUUGUAUUAUACACUUUCCAAAACCGAAGCCUGGAGCUUAUGGUCAAAGUCAUAUCCAUAUGUUGAUUAUUUUAUGUGUGUGCCGAGGACUGUACCCAGUAUUCUGAUACUGCACGAGGGAGGCCCCGGCUGGCCAGUCAGGGUAUCCCCGGGAAAACAUGCCCGGCAGAUGCAGCGGCGGGCUGUGGUGCAUGGACAGUCACUCACACCCUGGGCACUGCAUCCACGUGGAAAUGAGUUCAUUAUAAUAAAAAGAUAGGAGAAAGAUAAGAGAGAGAGAGAGAAGGGGGGAAGAAAGAGGGGCGAGGUGCCCACCUCGUGGGAAUGGAGAGAGGGGGAGGGGCAGUUUUCUUUUUUAAAGGGGACUUUACAUCAGGAGGCUGGGCGGGUCUCCCAGGGGGAGUUUCCAAGGGGCGGGUCAGAAUACUAAUACCAGGGGCCUCAUGAACUCUGCAUUGUAUGACUGGGUGUCCUCAACCUGGAUUUGUAGUUCUUUAAUGUGAAAUGACUCAUUUAAAGGGCUGGAGAGAUGACUCUGAUUAAAAGCACUUUUCUUGAA